CCAGCAGAGACCACAAUCUACAUUGGCUGGCUGGCUGCCUGCCUGCCUGUCUGCCUGCCUCUACUCGCCCUCACUCACUCACUCACAGCUGCGGCACGCUCCCCCUUCCCUCUUGGCUGCUCUGCCCAUCCCCACCAUCAUCACCAUCGUCCUUCAACUCGCAACGCAGCCACCUAUGGGCGGGGCCACAUACACACACACACGGCCGACGUGUGUGUGCGCUCCUUCGCCCACAUGCACACGCAUACCUGAUGAUGAUGGUCUCCUGCUGCUGGUGCAGCGUGUGGAAGAUCUUGUUGGCGAACCGCCACUGGGCGUGGGUACGGCUGGAUGGCAGCUGACACGAUUGGCCGGAGGGGGAGAGCAUGCGCUUGAUCAGGAGGAGCCAGAAGUUGUCGGUCUGGUGCCGUGCAUCCAGCUGCGAAAAGAAGAACUCCGCCCUGCAGCCGGCCACACACACAUCCAUCCACACAACACAACACAAUGCACAACGGAUCCAUUCGUGUGUCCACCCACCCUGAUAGCAGGAAUUUCCAGCUGUCCUGCAUUCACGCACGCAGACAACAGACACACGCCCAUCCGAUGACGCACACGCACACGCACUGCACCCCCCAGCCACUCACGAAGACGGUGCACUUGGCUUCAAUGAACUUGACGGGCGCUCCCCAGGGCAGUGGCGGCAUGCCUUCCCCUCCCCCUCUGGCCAGCCACGGCUUCGUCUCGCCCACAGCCGUCAGAUAGCCGUCCACACACCCAUUGAUCGACAGACGGCAAUGCUCCGAAUCGGCGGGCGGCUCCUCUGCAGCCCAACACACACACGGGGAAAGGCCACGUGCACACGACACACAUGCCUUGGCUGUCUGUGUGUUGAUUGAUGUACCGAAUAGGAUGAAGUCGAAGGGGAGGCCGAGCUCUUCCACGGCAUUGACCCACACCAGCCGCCACGCUGCGCCGGGCUGGAAGCUCACGCGGUACGACCGCUGAUCGAUCUGACCACACGCAGAGCAGACGACGGGAGAUGAGAUGGGGGAGAGGGGCUUGGUGGGUGGCUGUGGUGGGGCUUUCGUGUUUCGACCUGUGAGUGUGUUUGGUAGUCUGACUGCUGCGUGAAGAACUUCGGAAAGACCUUUCUGAAGGCAAGCUCCUCACCGGCCCUAUCAGGUGGUGUGACGCGACACACACAAGAGUAGCCAUUCAUUCGAAUGUCUGUUGGUGCACACAACACAGCCAGCCACCCUCCGUGGUACCCACCGUACCUGCCUCUCCUCUCCAGCUCGUUCUCUUCGACCCUCUCGAGCUGCCGGAUGGCCGUGACGCUACUGCUGCCGGCUGCUGCCUCAAGGCCACUAGCACCCCUUCACACACACACAUACGCGCCAGACACUCUCUCCUUCUCCCUGUGUGUGUGUGUGCGGGUGCGUACCUGAUCCUGGCCCUAUCAUCAACGAGUGACGACUCCAUCUGCUGCAGGAACCGAUCCGUCUCCGCGUCGAUCUCCAUCUCACGCACCUCGCAUAUGGGCACGGGCGUCGGGCGGCGAGGAUGAUAUUGUUGCUGGUGGGCAGGCACACGAUCAUGACGACGGUCGCCAGCACGCAGGUGCGUCGGAGUGGUGUGGAUGGGGGGCUGGGAAGGGGUGGAGGAUGGGGGUGGGUACAGGUCGACCUCGAUGGCCAUCCUGUCUGCUGCUGCUGCUGCUGAUGGUGCUGGUGCUGCUGGUGUGGGUGGGAGGGGGCGAGGGGCGAGAUGGACAUCUGCUUGGGAGAGGGAGAUGCCCUCACUCCUGAGCAGAAAGGACAGGUCGGCCGCAUCUAACCCAAUGCUGCUACGCAACCUGCACACAACCACAGACGACAAAGAAAGAAGGCGCAUCACGCACCGAAGGACACAUCAAUCCGCCCACCCAGCCACCCAGCCACCCACCAAUCGAUCGCGAUGCUCCUCAACGCUCCCCCAAGGUAAGCACUGAUCGCCUCUCCGACAUCCAUCCUCUGCUGCACAUGCUCGGCUUGCUGGUUGACAUACAGCACCGGCACACUCUCGCCGCCAGCAGCGAUGGGCACGUAUCUGGAUCUGCGCGACGGCUGCACCGAUGGGUGCGUGAGGGCGGCGCCCAGGGUGACCGGGGGCAUCCCGUGGUUUGCGACUGUGUACUGCACCUGCACAAGCCACCAAACGAGGCAUGCAUCCUGCGCCUGGGGAGUGGGGGGUUGGUUCAUUUGCACACCUGCAGCUGGUUGACAGGCACCUGAUGAAUGAAUGAAUGAAAGACAGGCAGGCAGGCAGGCAGGCAGAGAGGGGGCUGAUUUGUGGGUGCGGGGAGUCGGCCGGGUGCAUGAGAUGAGUGUGCAGAUCUGACCUCGGUGAUCCUGUCAAGCAUGAAGAUGGGGUGGGUGGGCUCAUCGCGCGCAAGACGGGCCAUCUCCUGCACACACCCAGCCCAUCACAGCCAGCCAAUUGACACAGACACCAAUGUGGGGUGAGGGUGGGCCUAGGUGCGGGUGUGUGCAGACAGACCAACUCACCGUGGGUCUUUUUGACCGGCAGACGGCGAUGAGUGCCUGGAUAACCGACGUGUGCAGCAGCCUCUGGUGCGGUUCAGAGGGGGGGCGGUGCAUGGGGGCCCCAACGAUGUACUCAGAGAUGCGCACACAUUUCUCCAGCCUCCUGACCCCCAGGUGGUGCUGCAGGAAGUGCUGCACACGCUCGUUGGGCGCGUAGGCGAUCGAAAUGCCCAUCGAGAGCGGCAGCCGCAUCCUGAGAAAGAGAGAGGGAGGGAACAGACGUGUGCUAUGAAUGCAUAGCCGACACCGUGCGUGUGUCUUCGCAUCGUACCCUCCCUGGUCCUGGAUGAAUGCAUGUCGGCGGUCGACAAAGGUCCGCCGAGCUGAGUCCCACACAAGGGCACUGCACGCCACGCACGGUGGACACAGAGAAGAGACACACACCCGUCCAUCCAUCCAUCCAUGUGUGUUCAUCGUGCCGGGUGCGGUGGGUGCUUGCAUACUUCUGGGCGAACGAAGGGUACCAGUGUGUGUCCUCCUGCCGCCUCAGGGCCAGGUCGAGGACCGUCACGGCCUGCACUAUGAAGGCCUGCAUAGCGUACACACACACACACAUACAGAGAGAGAGACUCGCGAGUGCACUGUGCGAUGGGUGUGCACAGGGAUAUCCCUCCGGCUUACCUCGACGCUGGUGGAUAGGCCCUGGUCGGCACUGCCGCCGUGGCUGUUGCCCUGCACCAGGUUUGGACACCCCUUCCUCCACCUGACACACACGGAAAGAUGUUCACUCGUGUGCGUGUGCAGAUGGUUGCGAGGCUCACAGGUGUGCGUAGUGGCACGCUUCAGGCUCCUCCGACACCAACUGCAGGCAGGCAAGCAGACAGACACGUGGACGACACUAUGCAUACGACCAUGGAUGGACUCAUGCAUACGUACGUGUCGCAGCAGCGGCUUGACGGUGUCCUGGAAGGCGGGCUCGAUGAGGUCGCAGAGUGUGAGCACCUCCCCUACAAAAAGCCCCAUCCAGCCGUCGCGCCACACGAAACGCUCCCUGUCCACACUGAUAGGCCAAAGACAGCCAGGUGUUGGUGCGUAUGGAUGGAUGGAGGGAUGGGCGGAGGCACUGUACCUGACCCACUGGGCGUUGCGGCGGUGAGGAUGUCCCUCCACCGCCAUGGCCGUGUUGCUCGCGUCGUCCCUGACGGCCCGCAGCGGCAGAAAGAGCAGUUUCUCCGACCUCAUCGCGCGGACGGUGCCCUCUCGUUGGUGCAGAGGCGAUGCUGGACUGUCCAUCAGCCGGCCCUGAGCAAACAGAGAAUGGAUGGAUGGAUGGAUGGAUGUGGGCUUGGGUGUCACCACUCACCAUGGCGCCAUAAAGGUCCACCAGCUGCCGCAUCCUCCUCUCCGUAAGUGAUGUGGGCGGUGUAUCGGCCGCCAUGACCCGCAGCCGCUCGAGCAUUGGGGUCAGCGAGAGGGCGUGAUGCACACCAAACACAGACAGGAUCUGCACAUACACGUGGAGAGGACAGAUGCGCCCAGCAUUGCAGAGAGAGGUACACUGGUUACACAGAUAGACAGGCCUCACAGUGAGGCAGACCAGACCUGUGUGAUGAUGUGUGUGGGUGGUGACGGCGAGAAGGGAGACGCCGGCACGAGCGACACCAGAGGGGCCACCAGGGCGGGAUGCAGCAGCGGAAACAGACAGUGCAGCGAAGCCGGGAUCUCCGACGCACAGCUGUACACCUACCGCACACACAGACACACAGAGAGAGAGAGAGAUCCGACAUGCACUGCACCCAGGCCAGGCGCCAUAGCUUGCACUGCAUGUACCAUUGUGGGUUUGUGGAGUCGAUAUGUCCCGUCGAUGGCCGCAGGGAGCCACUCGGUGUUCCUGGCCGCAUCAAUCAACGGCUGUGGCAGCUGCAGAGACCCUUGGGGUGGAGGUGGGGGCGGAUAAAAGCAGGAGCUUCUCGAGCGGGAGUGAUGAUGGCUGGGCGGAGUGCUGUCCAUUCGCCUCCCAGCACUGACCAACAGCAGCCAUGCCAUGCAUCUCCCUCCCUGUGUUUGCUCCCUGACCGUAACUCACGUGCUGCCUUACUAGUAGUCAUGAUGCAGCACCACCUGCAGGAAGCAGCUGGCCCUCUCCACCCACAAUUCCACCUCACCACUGCCACCGUCGCCCCCAUGAUGCUGCGAAUGCUCCCCUUCCACAUCCAUCCCCAACGUACCGCCUCCCCCACCACGACGAGCUCCACCCACAGCCAUCCAGCUCAGCAUGCCGCUGCUACUGAGCGGCGGGCAGCAUCGGAUGGCCGCGUGUGUCCGGCACAGCAGCUCAACGGCCGCAUCGUCGUAGCGACCAUCCAGUGUAGCGAAGUGGGAGCGGUCGGAUGGUGAGGGGAAGGUGAGCUCGAGUGGGGCGGUGAGGGGGCGGCAGAUGGGCGUCCGGGAGAGGCCGUCGAGGGCGGGGUCGACGCGCCUUGCUGUUCCUGCUGAGUCAGUGCCUGUCCAUGCCGCCACUUCUGGCGAGGCCCGUCGGUGGGCCGCCGAUGGGUGGGGCCUGCAAUGGUGGAUCCACCACACCACACCACACCACACCACACAUGGAUGGGCGUGGCGUACAGGCAUCAGUCGUCAUCUGGCCUUUUCUCCUACCCCCAUUCUCUGGGCGUCAGUAUGAUGGCCUCCUCUCCGUGUGAGCGCGUUUCGACCCUCGUGAAGGCGGCCAGGACGGGCAGCUUGUGCAGGUUGGCGGGCAGGGAGUGCUCCGCUACUGACGUGAGGAAAUGCGUUAUCACCAGCAGCACCCUGCAAGCAUCACACACACACAUAUACACACACAGAUGAGAUGAGAUGAGACGAGACGAGUGGAGCAGACUAGCCGCGUGGUUCUGUGUGUGCCUCUCACCGCUGGUUGUCGGCGUCCUUUGCAGAUUGCAGGCUGAGAGCCAUCUCGGCACAUCCGUCGACCAGCCAGCUGACCACAAGAGAGAGAGAGAGAGUGAGAGAGAUUCGUGUGUGUGGAUGCGUUGCGUGCGCAUGUUGUCGCCACAGCACAGAUCAGCUCAAUCACCUGAGGUAGUUGUCGACCGUCAAUCGCUCCACGCCGAGCGUCUGGAUGAGCCACUCGCGGGUCCGCACAGACAGGUGCCUCUCCGUCUCGGCAGACAAGAACACACAUGACACCUGCACACCCACACACACAUAUCAUAUGCACAGGGGCAGCCCUGGCUGCACAGAGAGGACAGGCGUACACUACCCUUUUUCUGAUGAGUGGUGCGACGGAUGGAUCGUUGAGCUGCGACCGCUCGAAGGCCUCGCGCAGCUGGGGGUUGGGCAGACAGACGCGCACCUCCUUCUCGCCCGUAUGCGCGUUCACCGGCAAUGGAGGCUUCAUGAACCCUGCACACCACACACGACAGCACACGACACGAACAGAUGAGAUGCACACUCAGCCAUCCCAGCCAUGUGGCUGGCCACAUGGCUCUCUCGGUGUGGGGUGCAUGGGACACUGACUGACCGACCUUCGUCCGUCUUGAGGAAGGGCACCUUUCUGAGCACCUGCCCGCCCCUCGCACCGACUACCUCCCUCACAUACUCGUACACCUCGCCAACCUGGUCGUCGCUCAGACCCACUAAAGACGACGCAGCACCACCACCACCACCAGCACCCCCCGCCCACCCACUCGGCUGGAAGAGAGCCUCCACAGAGGCCUUCUUGACUCCAAGAGCCGCCAGCACAGCCGUUCUCUUGGCGUAAUGCGGGUGCACCAGAGGGAUGUGCCGGAUGCAGGCGUAGAGGGGCUGUGGUGGGGGGCUGCCUGUGCCUGCCACUGGGGGCAGGGAGAGCGAGGGUGGCGUGCACAGCGAGCCUGUGUGAGAGGGGAGCAGGGGAACGGCCCGCAUGUGUGUGAGGAUGGUUGACGCGCAGGGGCGGAAGGAUGGGUGGACUGUUUGUGGGAUGGGCAGCCACGAGAGGAUCCAGUCGAUCAUUGCGGGGGUCUCCCUGCAGACACCACACACGAUGGACAUCAAUUAAGAUGGCUGCAGUGUGUGCAGGGUGCAUGUGUUGGUUACGUGAGUGUGGGCGCCGCUCUCUUGACGAAGUCGAGAAAAGUGUCGGCGACUCGGUCGAGCAGGAACCGGUUGAACCGCAGCUCGUCGUCAAAGUCAAGCGACUCACGGCUGCACCAACACACACACGCAACAGAGAUCCACACCACCUCACACACACACACACAGACGCCACGCCCACCUGGCAGUGGUGGUAAAGUCCUUCGCGUUGACGACGAAGGGCAUCUUGCUGUCGACCCUUGUCGGCAGGUCGGCGAACACACUACACCCAUUCCCAGACGCCGACCACUGGCCAGUGUCGCUCUCGCUCUCCCUAUCUGCCGCUUCUGCUGCUGCUACUGUGGUGAUGGUGGUGGGUAUGGGCAGCGCGACAGUCACAGAUGUCUGCUGCAGCUCUAGGCGACGCAGGGAGAUGGCAGACAGCCGCUGGGAGGACGGCACCUGCACACACACUCACACAGGCACACACACACACACACAGAGAGGGAGAGAGAGAGCCGAGGAUGAAGCACAGCAUAGAGAGGAAGGAGGCUCACUUCACUCACUGGCGGCUUGGGCACUGGGAAUGUGCGUCGGUGUGUAAUGAAGGUCUCUGUGGUGGUGUGUGUGGCGGGGGAGGGGCCGUCACGCGUCAGGUUGGCCGUGAGCGUCCGGCUGCUGUACCACACCUGCACAGCAACCCAACAGCAACAGCCAUGCACACACGACACCACAGAAACCCUCUGACAUGACAACUCAUCCCUUUAUUCGUUGUCUGUCUCACCCACCCACCCGGGCCUUCUCUUCACACACGACCUCCCGCCUCUCCACCACUCGACCGCUCCCACUGCCAUCCUCAAUCUCCACGCAGAUGCGCCGCAGCUUGCGCAAAAACAGCAGCGUGCUCAUGGGCACCUCCAACAGCGACGCCUUGACGCCAUCGAUCUUCUCAUGCAGCCACGCGGGGCAGUGGGUGCGCGAGGGGUCGGCCUGCGUGAGGGGCAGCCGGAAGAUGGUCCAUGCAGAGUGAUGCUGUGCGAACGCGGGAAGUGACGGCAGCCACCUACAGACAGACGAAACGAGAAAGAUGCGUGUGUGUUGGGUUGGGCUGGCUUGUUGGGUGUGGAUGUGGGUGUGGGUGUGGGUGUUGUCUGUGUGUGCACCGACCGAGGGACGAUGUAGCCGAACCCAACUUCUGGGUCCACGUCCUUGGAAAAGGCGAAUCGGUAGCCCCCGCUAUAGACUUCUGGCGUAUCGCUCAGCCGAAAGACAGACUUGAAGCCUGCAGAGCAGAGAAGGAAAGGAUACAGCAGACAGACACGUUCGUGUCUGUCUGAUGUCCGUUGCCUUGGUCUUGCUCACUCCCUCACCGAUGCCCUUCUCUCCGAUCAUCUCCUCUCGCCUCUCCGACUUGGUCGACGCACCCACGUCACACAAAGCCUCUACGUCGGCACCGCUGAAGCCCACCUGACCACACAACACACGGAUUACACACACACGGAGGAAUCGAAUCCCCUCCCUCUACGUGUCGGUUGCCACAGAUCCAAUUAUCCAUGUGUGGACGCGCCUACACUGACUUCACUCACCUCAUUGUUCAUGACGUAGAGCGCCGGGCACCGUGGGUCGGUCACCAGCCGGAAUGUGAGGCUGGGGGGAGCGGAGGACGACGGGUGGCUGAUGGAUAGAUAGACAGCCAAACGAAGGGAGGGAGGGAGGGAGAGGGACACUCAACACACGUGGGUGCAGUGCAGUGCAGUCAUGGAUGCGGUGCGUACUAGGUGUUGUCCUCUGCGUUCUGUAUGAGUUCGAAGAGGCAGUGCGCCCGGUGUGAGUAGAUCUCGUCCGCCGCCAACUUGAUGGCCCGGUGCAGGCGUGAACGCUGCUCGGGAUCCUGUCACGUCAGUCACGCAGCACAGCACACACACAUUCAUUCAUUCAUUCAUUCCAUCAUGCAAUCAUGGCCUUUGAUUGAUGUUGCUUGUGCAUGUGUGACCCACCUCACCUCUGUCCUGAGCCUGUUCCUAAUGGAACGGAUGUGCUCCUCCUCAGAACAACGCGACAUUUCACCCAACCGACCGAUGCAGUCGCUCAAUCAGUCAGUCACUCGGCUCAUACACAACAG